AUGUCACACACCAGCUUGUCUUCUAGAAAGUCUUCUUUCUUUAACACUCACCAGUUGAACAACCAGCCCCAGCCCGACGUUUACUUUGUGGGUGUAGAUGUGGGUACUGGUUCCGCCAGAGCAUGUAUCAUCGAUACCAACGGUUUGAUUUUGGGUCUUUGUGAGAGAGCCAUUACUCGUCACGAAUUGAAGAGAAACCACAUUACCCAAAACUCCACGGAAAUCUGGAACGCCAUUUGCUUCUGUGUGAAGAGCGUUCUUCGUGACUCCGGUGUCGAUGGCUCCGAAGUGUUCGGAAUUGGUUUCGACGCCACUUGUUCCCUUGUGGCUGUUUCCGAGUCCAAGGAUACCCCAGUUGCUGUCGGUCCUGAUUUCACCGAUGACAAGACCAACAUCAUCUUGUGGAUGGACCACCGUGCUCCCGAUGAGACUAAUGAAAUCAAUGCCACCGGCGAUAAGGCCCUCAAGUAUGUGGGCGGUCAAAUGUCCAUCGAGAUGGAGUUGCCAAAGAUUAAGUGGUUGAAGCACAACAGACCAAACGGUUUGGACGACUUGAAGUUCUACGAUUUGGCUGAUUACUUGACCCACAAGGCUACCGGCUCUGAGGCUCGUUCAUUCAACUCUACUGUGUGUAAGCAGGGUUUCGUGCCAAUUGGCGUUGAUGGCUCCGAGACUGGUUGGUCCAAGGAGUUUUUGGAGGGCGUCCAGUUGCCAGAAUUGGCUGCGAACGACUUCCAGAAGUUGGGUGGUGUUCCUGGCAAAAACGGUACUUUCUUGAGUGCCGGUGACACUGUCGGUAAGCUUACUGCCAAGUCCGCCGAGGAAUUGGGCUUGACCACCGAGACCAUCGUGGGAAGUGGUGUCAUUGAUGCUUACGCCGGCUGGGUCGGUACAGUUGCAGCUAAGGUUGACCUUCCAACACACCCAGACUUGUCUCAGGACUCCAACGGUUCUAUGGACACCGCUUGUGGCCGUAUCGCUGCUGUUGCUGGUACAUCCACAUGCCAUGUUUCCAUGACCAAGGAGCCUUGCUUCGUUAAAGGUGUGUGGGGUCCAUACAGAGACGUUAUGGCCCCAGGCUACUGGCUUGCUGAGGGUGGACAGUCUUGUACUGGUGCUCUUUUGGCCCAUGUCUUGUCGACUCACCCAGCUCACGGUGAGUUGGUUCACUUGGCCGACGCCUCUAACUUGUCCAAGUUUGACUACUUGAACUUGGUGUUGGAGAACAUGGUUGAGGAGACCAAGUCCCGUUCCGUGGUGGCAUUGGCCAAGCACAUCUUCUUCUAUGGUGAUUUCCACGGUAACAGAUCGCCAAUUGCUGAUCCUAACAUGCGUGCCAGUAUCAUUGGACAGUCGAUGGACUCUUCUGUCAAGGAUUUGGCCGUUCAGUACUUUGGCGCCUGUGAGUUCAUUGCUCAGCAGACUAGACAGAUUAUCGAAGAGAUGGAGAAGGGCGGACACCAAAUUAAGUGCGUCUACAUGAGUGGCGGUCAGUGCCGUAAUGGUUUGUUGAUGAGAUUGCUCGCUGACUGUACAGGCUUGCCAAUCAUUAUCCCAAGAUACAUCGAUGCUGCUGUUGUCUUUGGAUCCGCCUUGUUGGGUGCUGUCGCUGCUCACGAGGCUGUCGAGGAGCACAUUCAUAGCGGCGGCCGUGCUAGAAGAAAUUCUUUGGCCAAGUCGCAGACCGACUUGAAGAACGCACAAAACAAGGACGGCAGCUCGCCAGUGGGCUCUCCUUACACCGCCCCCUCUGCAACUGCGUCUCAUACUAACUUGGGCCUGAUUGGUUACGGUGGUCACCCAAUGCAGAUGAGCACCGUGGGCGAGGAGCCACAAGAUUACUUCAACCAGGGCGCCCCACCCAAGUCGCCCAAGUCUGGCCGUGCCGCCUCACUCUCAGGCAGUGACUCUGAGGACGAGCAGACCUUGUCCUUCGGUUCGAAGCUGAACACCUCCCAGAAGGUGUCCAAGGGCUUGGCAGCUAAGGCCAAGAGCGAGUUCAGACCAUUGACAAGCUUGACUGACGCCAAAAAGAAGGAAAGUGCCCCUGCCAAGUCUACCAACCCAGGCGACCGCUUGUGGCAGACUAUGGAGAGGCUUACUGGACCAGGUAAGGUUGUGAUGCCUCACAAGGAGGACCAGCCUGACCGCCGCUUGUUGGCGUGCAAGUACAAGGUAUUCUUGGAUCAGUGCUACAAGCAGCAAGAGUACAGAAAGUUGGUGGACGAUCUUGAAGCUUCCAACUAA